CUGUAAACGACUGCGAAAUGAGUUAGUCAACAUAUUGAUAACAAAUAAAAAUCCAUCCGCAACACUCAUAGAACUAAAUACAGACAAAAUGGAAGAUAUAGCCCGCCUGGCCUUGGUGGAACAAAGCUUGGGGGGUGUAGACAGCUUCAGUAAAAUUCUGUAUGAACUUCUUAAUGUGAUAUAUCAGAUUUUGGAGAAUCCUCACGAUUACGAGCUAAGGACGUUGAAAAGCGAGGUUUUAAAGAAAGUUUUACAUUCCGAGGCAUUCACAGAUUACCUUAAAUAUGUUGGAUUUCGUGCGAAUGGCAAUGAGUAUGUGUACCCGAAAGAAGAAACAUUGAGUAAGUUGCGGAUAGCCCAGGCAGCCAUAGAGCGAAAGAUUUACUUCUGUUGUGGUUCCCUCAGCCGCGUCCGGUCGCGCCCUAUACGCUCUAACCACAGUUUGCAACCGAAAAAAGUUAAAUUUGCACCAUCAAAUGUACUGACAACCAAGAACCCGUUUCUGCGAAACAUUGAGACAUUGUUCAACAACAUGAUCCAGUAUGAGAGCGAGGAACUCCAGGAACUUGCUCGGGAACAGAUACCGCUGGUGACUCUGCAGCUGAUGGCCCUUGACCGCGUCCGAGAGCAGCAGAAGAAAAUUAAAACUGGUGAAACCAAAGACUACGACCUCUCAUUCGACGUGGCACUGCUGCUAGAACUGCUGGGCUGGUUCAAGUACAAAUUCUUCUCGUGGGUGGACAAGCCACCCUGCAGCGCUUGCGACGGACAGACCGGCUUAGUGCGCACGCAGUCUAUGCGCGUAGGCGGUGAAACAUGCAAUGUUGAGAUCUACUCCUGCCAAUCCUGUCACACAGAAACCCACUUUCCCCGCCACAAUGACCCACUCACCCUACUCCGCACCAGAAGAGGCCGCUGUGGGGAGUGGGCCAACUGUUUUACUCUGAUGUGUCGAGCGCUGUCCUAUGAGACGAGAUACGUGUACGAUACUACUGAUCAUGUUUGGUGCGAGAUUUUCGACGUAGAAUCAAACCAAUGGCUUCACGUAGACCCGUGUGAGGGCAAACUUAACACGCCUCUCAUGUACUGCCACGGGUGGGGCAAGAAACUGUCAUAUAUCAUCGCUGUGUCAAGGGAUGACCUGCAAGAUGUCACUUGGCGAUACACUAUGGACCAUAAAGAGGUGCUCACCCGUCGGAACCAAUGCAGCGAGCAAGAAUUACUAUCAACAAUCCUCUCCCUCCGCGAACACAGGCAAAAACAAGUGUCGCCUGCUAGAAGACAGUGCCUCGCGCGCCGCACGCUGCAAGAAUUGGUACAACUUAUGGUUGAAAGAAAACCGAGCGAAUAUGAGUCCCACGGGCGAAUAUCGGGCGAGCGGGCGUGGCGAACUCAGCGCGGGGAGGCGGGGAAAUACACGUUCAAACUCGCGAGCAAAGGCACUUAUGAGAUCAAGUAUUACUGCGCCCUAGACAAGUACGAGAUACUGUUGGACGGUAAGCUGGUCGAGCAGAUAAACACGUGGGAAGCCGGUGUUUACGAAGUGCAAGACGUGUUUAGAAAAGUCGAGCACGAUUGGCACAUGGUCUACCUGGCUAGAGAAGAGGGCGCAAGUUUGGGGCGAGUGAGUUGGCGGCUCGAGGCCGGCGAGGGGCUGACGUGUACUUCUCUAGAAGCUGUAGUGCCGCGUACAGAAUACGAGGACGGCCGCGUCACGGUAUCAGUGCGGUUCGACGACGAAAUGGCCGAAACUGCUCCCAAGAAUGAUCGUCUGACGUACUCGUGCCGCUGGCGCGCGUGCGCGGUGUCGGCCGCGCUGUCGGGCGGCGGCGGCGCGGGCUGGCAGCGCGCGCAGCUCGCGCGCCAGGCCGCAGCCGACACCGCGCCCGCGCUCACCCUGCGCGCGCACCUGCAAUAGCUGCUGUAAGCCUCAAAUGUACCGUCUGCAAUGACAUGAAUUCUACAUUCCGGUGCCUCGUCUGUCAUCAAGUAAAACUGUUUAAUAUAUUAUAAAAUGACCAUUGCAAUUGCCUUCCAUUUAAUAUUAAAAAAAUAAGCACAAAAA